AUGAGCUUCUGGAAAGACCAGACAGGGGCACCAUCAGAUCCCGGUGUGACCUACAAGGACAUCAAAGAGUGUGGUGAUGAAGAUGGUUUGCGCGAGAUCUCGGAGUCUGGCAGAGAGAAGGAUGCCAUGCAAUCCGUGUCCUGGAUUCCGUCAGUUGAAAACGCCUUAGAAAUCGCCGGUGCAGCCGUGCCGGAAGCCAGUGUCGCUCCCCUGGGGUUUGGCGCUGUAAUGAAAAUCGGCGACAUGACCGAGAAAAUAGGAAAGAUGCCUCUCACAAUCGCACACUCCGUCGCGGAGGCUGUCGAACUGGACCUGGAGGAUUCUUACGCAAAGAAAGGGGUCGCGGCCUGCAACCUACCAGCCUUCGGCUUCGAGCGUGCCUUUUGCGACCUGCACUGCAUCAGAGAUUCAGUCAGGAAGGGCGACAAUGCAAUCCUCCGCGCUCUUGAGCAAGCCGUAGGAGUGGUUGGCCAGAACACGCAGCUGCUGCUCGAGUACUACGUGGGCUUGAUCACCGACUCCUCAUCGCACUCGUUGUUGCAAGAGGGUCAGGAGAUUAAGCGAGGCAUCCAGGCGAGCAUGCUGGAGAUGACGGCCAUGGCGCAAGAGGGCCGACUCGAGCCAGCCGCCUCCUGGGCAGCGCAGCGUGCCAUCCGAAGCUUCAGCAGCCGAUGGCAGGGAGAUCAAGGCGAUAACGCGACGGUACGGAUGUUGUCGUUGAAAGCCAUGGCAACCGAGGUAACCUCUCUGCACAAGACAGUGAUGCAGCUGGGUGUCAAGAAGAUGGCGCGCGAGGAACAGCUGCAGCACGAGACGUUGCAGGCUGCCUCACGCAUGAACCGUCUGCUCAGCCAGAGAGGCCAGACUUUGGGCAUCUAUGAGAACUCAGCAAGUGCCAGAAAGCUGGCUCAGAGAAUUCUGAUGGGUGGCUUUGGCAACUUAACAGCUCGGGAUUUGCUGGAGCACGACACCUUGCAGAAUGCGGAACAGGCAAUGCAGUUCUUCGACAGCUCCUGGUGGAGCAUCCGCAGGAGCCUGGACGAUUACCUGCAGGCUGCCGACGAUCAUAUUUCCUCGGUGCGCUUCGCGGGCGAGGUGCUCCAGGGCUACACAGCGACCUGCAGCACCGGCUUCACACAGCUUAAGGAGGCCUACGGCGCUUCAGCUCAAGCCAAGAGGAAAGCUCAUAGUGUGCUGCAGAAGACCUGGUCUUCGGUCGUGUCCGACUUCGGCAACAUGGCGGCGCAGAUCCAGGAUGGCGCCCUUUUCAUAAAGCUCAUGCUGCAUGAUGUGGAAGCUGUGCGGGAGCAGGCUCUCGGAAGUCUCGAGGCGUCAGCUCGAGAAGAAUUCUGCUCGAAUGACACGCAGAAGUCGCUGGCUGUUUUGCGGGAUCAGCUGCAGGCGGCUGUUGAUACUGGACUCGCUGGCCAGACUCUGCGCCAGAUUCGGACGCUAUCCUGGGAGAUGGCGAUGCUUGGGAACCGCUUCACUUCUGCGGGGCUGCAAGUACCGAAUGCCAAGCUCGUCCAUGAGGCAGAGUCCAUGAUGGGAGCUUCAGUGCAGGCGACCAGGCAGCUCCUGCCCGACCUCGUCCUGCGCUGGCGUGCCAGUCUUUGCAAAGCCCAGUCCCCGACCAUCUCGCCUGCUUUGCUGCAGGGCAGUCAGGGCAGCCAGGCUUCCCGAGUCAAGCCUCCUCCGUUGUGGCACCCAGACUGUCCGUACCUCGAGGAGGGCGUGGAGCGCAUCGGCCGGAACCAGACCAAGCCGAAGUACUUGGCCCUGGGUGUCAAGCCCGCAAGUCAAAGAAAUCAUGUAAUCGUGCUGGCCCAGACCAAUUCAGACACAACAGCGAUGGGCUCCGGGCAGGGUGUGAAUCAAAUGAAGACCUGGUUCGACACGAUUAUCCCAACAACAGUCCGGCCCGCGUGCGAGGUGCCAACAGAGGACUACAUCUACAAGACGUCCACAGCCUCCAACUUGUUUGCAGGUGUAAUUCAGGAGAUCGUGCACCGAGCCUGGGCCGAAGUGCAGCAGUGGCAGGCGGUCAGCCUUGAGCAGGUUACUGUCUCAAUGGCCGAGAAGCUUCAGCAACUGAAAGGUUUGGGCUCCAUGUCAAAGAAGGCAAAGAAACAGUAUCAAGCCUUGGUGGAUCGGAAGGAGAAACGUGAAGGCGUUGAGAUGUUCAAGGAGGACUACUUGGUGGAUGACUGCCAACUAAGAUGGCAGGGAGUACAUGAGCUCCUAUUCUUGUCCGCCAAGGAGGCCAACGAAGAUCUCGGAGGUGUCGGAGGCGAUGCAUUGAACACUAUGAAGUCCCUGCGGAAGCAGGCCAAGGAUUCCCUUUUUGUAGCGAUGAUGCAGUCCGUGGACAAGGAGCGUACAGUGUGCUCCUUCGAGAGCCUAUGCGUCAAGACUCAUUGGGAAUAUGCCACCAGAUGUGACGUUACUCAUUCACUCGCAAUACCGAGUGAGGUAAAGGCUGGUCUGGCAGCAUCGAAAGCGCGGUGCAGUAUCCUGCCCCAUUGCCAUUUCAUCCACUGCCAGGAAGGCGAGUGCACAUUGCACAUGCUGCUCCGUGGAACGUACUUUUCGCCGCAAGCAGCCGAAGACUCGGUCUGCCACCUCAAGCGGCCCCUUUAUGGAAACACCCAUACUGGCUACGAGACGCUGACAAAGAAGCAGCAGCAGAUGCUGCAGUCCAUGUGCCCAUUCCUUUUGGAUGAACACCUAGUUUCUGUCAUGCGGGAGGGGGUGCAGGGGUCGGAGUACCCAGUCAUGGACCAAUGUAAGUACACCCGGCAGUAUGACUUCGAGCAGUGCAACUUGCAGGAUAAGCUCCGUGAGGGCGGUUGCGCAGGCAUCGCCAGCCUCCUCCAGGAUUCGGACGCAGACAGGAGUUACGCUCAGGAGAAAGCAGACCAGACCGAAACGGCUUUGAACAAGAAGCUGACGCUCUUCGAAGAUAUCUACACGAAUGAGGUGCAGGCAGUCAAGGCCGACCUUGAUGGCUUACUAAGCAAUCUUGAAGACAAGACAAAGGAGUGCAACAGCACGACUGAGGAGAUUCUUUACGUCGCCUCUCAGAGGCUUCAAUACGAGGUUGAUGCCUUUGAGGCAAUGGGAGCAGCUCAGACCGUCAAAAGCUCAACACAGAUCCAGGUCGGGAAAAAGCUCCUCUGCGGCCUCGCCAGACUAAGUGACUGGCUCUCCGGGCCGUGUAGGAGUUACGAUGCGAUUCCCUUUGAUUGCCCAACAAGUUGUUUUCGUUCGUUGCCGUCAGAGGGAUUCUGUGGAAUCUCGUGGGCUGACCACGACUCAUCGUAUCUGAACGAGAUCAAUGAUGUGGCGGAUUCGAUUUGCAGCAUCUCUGCGGCAAAGAUGUGCGAUGUUACGGCGAUGCAGGACGAAGUGGACAAGAAGGCAACGGACAUGGCACUCUUCAUCGCCAACAUGGGUCAGGAGAAGCCUUUCGGAGUUUCGGGGGCAGAUUUCUCCGAGGAAGACAGGGACAAAAAACACGAGGAGGCCAUGGCCAAAAUGGACAGCUUGGAGGAGGAACUGCGCGCCGAGAUUAAGAACUCCACGAAGGAGAUGAAGAAGCACAUGUCUGAGGCCAUAGCAAAUUCGACAGCAGAGCUGAAAGGUGAGAUGCAGGAGAUGAAAGGCGAACUGGUCGGCGAGAUGCAAGAAAUGGAAGCCGAGCUGGUUGGCGAGAUGCAAGAAAUGGAAGCCGAGCUGGUUGGUGAGAUGCAAGAAAUGGUCACAGCGGAGGCCAGGAAGAACAAAGAGGAGGUCAUGGCAGGAAUCGAAAAUGCGAGGAAGGAGCUGAACGGCAAGAUGGACAAGGUGAGCACGCAGAUCCAGAACGUGGGAUCCAUGACACAGGCUGCAAUCAAACAGACCAGAGAAGAGCUGAAGGCUGACCUGAAGGAUGUCAAGUCGGAUAUCAAGCAGAGCAAGAAAGAGCUGAAGGCAGACUUGAAGGAAGUCAAGUCUCAGAUCAGAAAGACCAAGGAAGAGCUGAAGACCGACCUGAAGGAUGUCAAGAAUAUGGCAGCUGGGCCAAAGACCAAGGAUUUGGUGAAAGCCAGCUCGGAUCGCAUCGUCGAUGAGAUGCAGGACUCGAAUGGGGCAUUGGUUGCUCAAGGUUGCUACGACAAAACAUUGUUCCCAGACAUGCAGGAUGGGCUUUCCAGCGUCCAAAAGCGCAUCAAGGGCUUCGAGGCCGCUUUUGAUGCGGAGAUGACAGCGGUCCGAAGCCAGCAAGCGAUCAUGACGAACCUCCUUGUGGGGAAUGCCAUGCGCAUGGAUGAGCUCCGGGCAGCGGUGGACAGCUCGGUAGAAUUGGCCGAGGAGCACCAGCUGGAGAACGUUGAGAUGAUGCUCAGCUCGGCUAUGCUCCAUGUGAAGGCGGCCUUCGUAAGCGCUUUCGACCUGGUGCAGCAGUCCGAGGUGGCACGUGUCAGCUACGCUCGGGCCGUUGCCGACUACGGGCAAUGCAAGGUUCCGUACACGGAGGUGACCAGUCGACGGGAGCUCUUCAACAACACUCGGGCCAUGGUGAGCAACCCAGCGCAUCUCUUCGAGUUACAGGCACAGGCACGAGAUGCUUUUGCGCUCCUCUCCAGGAUUCUCGCAGAGAGCCGGUUGCUCCGCCGCUUUGUUGAGAAGGCUGUGAUCGCCAUCCAGCCACACCAGAUGAUCAAUGCCUCAGCCACAAAGGGCGAGGAUACAUCGCUUUGCCGUCGGUACCUGUCACCAGACUCCAUGAUGCUCGUGCAGAAGCUCCUCCAAGACUCUGCCACGAAGACUUUCUUGUCUCUCUCCUCGCAGAUUGAGCGAACCAGAGAUUUGCUGAAUUGGCUGCAAAUGAUUGCGCGGAACAGCAAUCCGACAGCUGCCCACUCCGCACAAGGGCCCGAGGCGAAGGAGAUGCUUGCGCAAGCCUGGGCCAGCAUCGUGGGGGAAUUCACCACGGUUCUGCAGAGCUUCGAGCUGCCACGCAAGGACACUUCCCACCAGCUCCUUGUUCUGCACCGCAAGCUGCUGAAGCAAAACCUCCCAGAGCUCUGUCCUGUUCCUUCCAGUUGCAUCUCCGCCCUGUUGCAGAAGUUCCCGAGCACCUCCACGACUGCUCUGGUGGCCUGGGACCGCGUCCAGCUUCCUGGAGGUGGAGAGCUGCUGACGGUGCUUCAGCACCCCGAGGGCCUGCUGCUCGACUCUGGCUCUCUCUCGGGCUGGGAGAUCGAUGUGCGGAAGCCCAUCCCUGUUGACCUCAAGGACGUGAAUGGCGGCCUGCCAAACCAAGUCCUGGGCUGUAAGCUCGAGAAGGGAGCAGCCUCCUACGAGGUCGUCCUGCCGUCAGACCCUGCCGUCAAGAAAUUGCCGGAUCGUGCGUUUUGCUUCUGCGCGGCCUCCAUCAGCGCGGAUGGCACCGUCAGCAAGAAAUGCCGACACAAGAUGGAGGUCUGCUCCCAGGGCUCCGAUACACCGUUGGACUUGUGGUCGCCCCUGCGCAAGGCCAUUUUCCUGCCCGAGCUUCACAAGUGGAACAAGCGUCAACAAGCCCUCCAAGCAGAGAAGUUCUGCGGUGAUGGGCGUGUGGAUCCUUGGGAAGCCUGCGACGAUGGCAACCAAGUCAGUGGCGACGGUUGCAGCUCAGACUGUCGAAGCAUUGACCCGGGCUUCACCUGCGAAGAGGCGAAGCCCUGCACCACGUCUUGCGGCGAUGGUAUCCGGGCAGGCCAAGAGGGCUGUGACGAUGGAAACCUAGAGUCUGGCGACGGCUGCUCUUCCGACUGCCUCGUGGAGGUGUUGUGCAACCGGAAGGAAGAAGCCUUUGAGAAGUUCAGGCGCCCCAGCGGCUUCAGGCAUACGAUCCUCAAGCAGAGCACGGAUUUGGAAUUUCCCGUCAUGCACAACCCGAAACCCGGGACUUGCUUGCGAGCAGCGGUGCCUGUCCUGGAGGGUUCAUCCUCCUGUGCCGGCUAUGUGUGCCCGAAAAGCUGCAAGCCGAAGCCUUGGAUCGAGUCCUAUCUCUGUGCUGGCCCGACUUGCAGCAAGGAGGACAAAGCUCGAUGCUGCGAUUGUGCCGGCUCCAAUUCUCCCAACUCCCCUGACAGCUCGCCUGCUCUCCCCUGCUUCUCCUGGAACACAUCUACUUCCAACUCACGAAGCCCGUCUGUUGACGAUGUCGUCAAGCAGUGCGGUGGCGAGCUUGGGUACAUCUUUGGCAUGGCCAAGGGGGGUGUGCUCCAGGUCCGUCAUGAUGUGGUGCUGCCGAGCCGGAAAGCCUUUGCAGAGGCAUUGCAGGUGAAGGACACUCUGCAUGUCACGCCCUUGUCUCAAAAUCUUCAAAGCUUGGUCUUGAAGACCAAACGGACAGACGAUGGCGUGCGCUUUGGCUUCUAUUGUGCCGCUGCUGAUGGCGACUGCCAGCUCUGGCAAGUCCUCCUGGACUCGACGGCCAAAGGUGCUGCAGCCGAUGCCUUUCUAGCGUCGCAGGCCGGGGGCCCGGACAUCAAACCCAUGGCGGGGACGACUUUCGUCAUCUACAAGGUGAUGGAUCCAGCGCGCAUUUGGCAGUGUGGUGGCGCCAAGGAUAGGGCGCCACAACAGUGCGGGGACGGCUUAGUUUCAGGAAACGAGGAGUGCGACUUUGCAGCCGCAUCUGCAAGCAGGGCACAGCAAGGCUGCAAUACCACCUGCCAGGUGGACAUCGGCUGGGGGUGCAGCACCAGUCCCUCCUUGCAGUGCGCUGCCCUGUGUGGAGAUGGGCUCGUUCGGGACAACGAGACCUGCGACGAUGGCACCAACUUUAUCUGGGGAGGGUGCACCAACGAUUGCACCCAGCACACCCAGCUCAGUUAUGUUCCGUUCAAGUCCUGUGCAGCUGGCCCCAAACGCGUCGAGAACACUGCCACAGAGCUGGAGGCCUGCAAGAACGCCUGCGAUUCCCAGGAGACCUGCGCAGCAGUGGAGUGGUCCGGGGGCCACUGCCACCACCUUUUCGAGCCUGUGGCCACCUCUGUGGGCCAAGGCCCGGCCGAUUCCAAGGAUGAGGCCGAGGUGUGCUACGUGAAGACCAGGUAUCUGCUGGUCACCGAGGGGUUGGAAUCCCUGGCAGGGGACAUGGCGACUUUCAAGAAGCAAGUCCAGAGCAAGUGCGCGGAGAGGGGUCUGAUGCCAGUGUCCAUCAGUUCUACCAAGGAACUUGAGAUCGCCUACGAUUUUGUGAAAAAGACCGGCCACGAUCUGACACAAAACAAAGGCAUCCCAAUUGGCUGGGCCAUCAAGCAUGGUGAGACCAACAGCUACUUCGACCUGGCCAAUGCCUCUUCCGACGUGGACGUCUUCCUUGCAGAAGCCUACAGGAGCGGCGAAUGGCAGACCAACCAGUGGACGACAAAUGCAGCGAAGGCGGGGUUGGUUGGCUUCGGCUUCGGCGACGCCAAGUCCACCAAGCGUGCAGGGUUCCACGACUGGAAGCUUUCUGAGCAUCCAUCGGGAUUGAUCUGCGAGUACCUCAAGCUGCCCGAAUUUUCGGAGGUCCAAGUCAGAUUGGUGGCUGGUGGCAAGCGCAAUCGCGGCAGAGUGGAGGUUUACCACCACCACACAUGGGGCACUGUCUGCAGCAAGGGCUUCACCGAGAAAGGUGCAGACGUCGUUUGCCGCGAGCUUGGCUUUCCAGGUGGAAAACUUCUCACAGGCGACUUCGCCGGAAAGGGCACUAUUUGGAUGGCCGAAGUGGCGUGCUCCGGCAAGGAGCGCUCGCUCCAGUCGUGCCCAUUUCCAGGCUGGGCGAAGCACGACUGCAGCCACGAGCAGGACGUCGCUGUGGAGUGCCAGGUACCAGUGCGACUGGCGGGCGGCACUGCCUCCCGCGGACGAGUGGAGGUGUACCACGAGCACAAGUGGGGCACGGUCUGUGACGAUGCAUUCAGCGAGCUCGAUGCACAAGUUGUUUGCCGUGAGCUUGGCCUUUAUGGCGGCACUGCAAUCCUGGGAUUCGGAGAAGGCCGUGGCACAAUCUGGAUGGAUAAGCUUGGCUGCUUCGGCACGGAGGACCUCUUGGACUCUUGCUCGUUUGCAGGCUGGGGCAAGACUUCCUGCGACCAUGAGCAAGAUGCUGGCGUGCAAUGCGAGGCUUCUGUUGUCGCCGCGACUUCUCCAACUGGAGUUGAGGUUGCAGCGUCCUACGGUGCAGUGGAAAUUGCGGGCGACGUGUUUGAGAAGUUUUGGUGGUACACUCCAGGCGCUUCCUGGCCGACAGGCAAGCCCGAUGUGCUGGGUGACAAGUUCGGGGCUUGCAACGCCACGGAUGCUGUCUGCUUCCAGAAGUUGCCCAAUGACAUGGAAUACGGAUACUUGCUGGCCGUCGAUGGAUCGGACAACCGACGGAUGUGGCAGUUCGUCCAGGACAACAAAGUGAGUCUGGCCGCCUUCGGAGCGUUGCGGGAUGGCAAUACCACGGUGGGCCUGGAGGGGAAAUCUUGGAAUCCCACAGCUCUGAAGGGCACCGCGACGCAGGAGAAGCAGCAGCAUUUCAUGUACCGCCAGCAAGGUGAGACAACGACCUUCCUGCUGGACCACGAUGGCAGCGGCUGCAAGUCCACCUUGUACAUGGGGCCGCCGCAGGAAGAGAGCGAAAGGUGCUCGGCUGUUCGGGUGGACCAUGGCCUCACGCUCUACUACCGCAAUGUGACUACGACAACGACCACGACGACCGCCACAACCACAACUACGACGACUCGGGCAGCACAGGUCUGUGCCGCUCCCACACAUUCGUGGGAUUCGAAGGGUUCGGGCCAAAUGAAGCUUGGAGGUGGCGACCUCUCAGAGGCCUUUCAGUCGCUCCUGUCAGCCGAUGAGAUGUCAUGGGAGUUCAUGCUCAAGUUGGACGAGAUGAAGCCCGCGAGAAGUAUGCUGAUCAUGGACAACACUGCCAACAGCCGCAAGCAUUAUGUGGACAAUACGUUCAGAAUUGUAGCGUCCAGUUCACGGUGUGAGCUGAUACUGUAUGCAUGGACCAAAACCCGUAAGUCGUACACAUUGCAUACCCGGAACCGGCAGAAUAUGUGUGAUGGCAAGUGGCAUCACCUGGCUCUCGUCAUCUCGCGAAGCAAGCAAAGCGCAGACUUGCACGUCGACGGCCAGAAUGUCCUGCAAACGACAAGCCUUCGUGGCUUAGGCAGCGAUCGAUUCGGCCCGGGCUUCAAGGUGGGCGACCACUGGGCCGAAUUGAAAGGUCACAUUGGUCGCCUGCUGCUCUGGAGCAGAGCCCUGCAGCCGGAGGAGACUGGACCGGACGCCACUGAGACGUGUUCGCAGGCCGCAAUGUCCAGCUUGGUCGCCAGAUACGACUUCAACAAGGACUACAAGGACAGUUUCGGGAAGAACCCGGCUUUCGUCAACCAGAGGGGCGACUUUUCGAGCGACGUCUACGAUGCCUCCAAAGUGUGCAGCUACUGCAACUCUGUCGCUCUCACCACACAUUCGUGGGAUUCGAAGAGCUCGGGCUAUUUGAAGCUCGGAGGUGAGAACCUCUCGCCGGCCUAUCAGUCGUUCCUGUCAGCCGAUGAGAUAUCAGUUGAAAUCAUGUUCAAGAUCUAUCGGAGACCGGACAAAGGCUACGUGUGGCUCCUGGGCAACGUAGAAGCUUGGUCCGACUACGACGAAUUUCAACUCAUCCGUCGACUACAUUUCAAUGUUGUGAUCGCUUCUCGCUAUGAUUGCAACCUGGCUGUGUGGAUGCCGAAGCAGGGGAACUGGUUCGAAAGCCCAAGAACGAAGGCCAACAACAUGUGUGAUGGCAAGUGGCAUCACCUGGCGUUCGUCACCUCGCGAAGCAAAGAACGGGUCUACUUGCACGUCGACGGCAGGCAGAUCCUCAGCCACACACAGCUGCGAAUCGGGACACUCCGCGGUGCUAGCUACAACUCGCACUUCUUUGUGGGCAACAACCGUCCAGAUCACGAGCAGACAGCUCGCUUCGGUCGCCUGUUGCUUUGGAGCAGAGCCCUGCAGCCAGAGGAGACUGGUCCGGAUGCCGCCAAGACGUGUUCGCAGGCCGCAAUGUCCAGCUUGGUCGCCAGAUACGACUUCAACAAGGACUACAAGGACAGUGUCGGGAAGAACCCUCCUUUCGUUAACACGAAGGGCGACUUCUCGAACGAUCUCUACGACACCUCGAAAGUGUGCAGGUACGGCAACACUGUUAUACUAUAG